UCUUGACUCUUUUCAUUUCCACCUUCCGGAGAGCCACCCCAUGCCUAAAUUCGAAGCUGCCUCACAGCUCGAGCUAGUCCAGGGACCGUUCGGUAGUCUAGUACGUGCUACUCCAUGUACCUUUUGUCGACUGGGGGGGUUCUCUUGUCAUGAUCCCUCCCAAAUUAGGGCGUCCGCGUUUCCCAAAGAGUGCUCCCUGGACCAGGCACGUUCCUUCUUCAACGGACCAGACGGGCCAUACCCGGGCCCCGGAUAGAUUGCGCGAGAGAUUAGCUCCAUCGCAGAUAUGGAGUUGGCGCGGAUUACUUGUGCCAGCACGUAUCGUGCUCCGUGCCUGUACAUUUCAUACUCGUACUACGCCGAAGGGGACAGAAAGGCCAUGGCUAGCGUUAUCUCGCUCUCCAAGAAAGCCACCGAGCCAGCCCAUCCUGGAGCGAAUAUGUGACGGCUCACAUUUCUGGCAACUCCAGGUAGCGUCCCCGCGGAAUGGAUCAAACACACCACGAAGGAGAUUUUUUGCUCGUUUCCCAAAGCACUUGUGCCUGGCAGGGACCCCCAAUACCGACCUCAAACGGUGCCACCAGGCCCUUGACCGGCAAUGGGGCCGGAGACUCGAGGCAAGGGUCUUGUCUUCCACCCCAGGCAGAACAAAUAGAGGAAGAGUAUACAUCCCCACAUGUAUAGAAGCGCCAUGGAAGGAAAACCAAAAUGUGAGCUGAACUCUACGCCUCACCUAGAGAGAACCAGGCAGGCAUGGGUUCCCAAUACGGCUGCCUCCCCUCCCCAGAUAAGGGAGAAGCAAAGCAACAGU